ACCAAUUCCUAACUCCAAACCCAAAAUGGAUCUUUUCAAGCUCUCCCUCUCCCUCUUUUGUGUCGCGAGCGUAGCCAUGCUUCCCUCCACUCUCGCUCAAGACACGCCUCAAGACUUCGUGAACGCCCACAAUGCUGCUCGUGCCCUAGUUGGUGUCGGACCUGUGCAAUGGGACGCAACCGUGGCAAGCUAUGCUCAACAAUAUGCCAACCUACGCAUCAACGAUUGUCAGCUAAUACACUCUGGUGGCCCUUAUGGAGAGAAUAUUGCAUGGGGUAGCUCGAACUUAUCCGGCACUGCUGCAGUUCAACUAUGGGUGGCCGAGAAACAAUAUUACAAUUAUAACACGAAUAGUUGUGCAGCUGGGAAGGUGUGUGGCCAUUACACCCAAGUGGUGUGGAGAAAUUCAGUGAGAAUUGGAUGUGCUAAAGUGAUAUGCGCGAAUAAUGCUGGUACAUUCAUCACUUGCAACUAUGACCCAAGAGGUAAUAUCAUCGGACAAAUGCCAUAUUGAGAAAGGCCUUAUCUAAAAUAAGAGUAAUGAAAAUGAGUAUUAAGAGAGCAUUGUUAAUGAGUUGCUAAAUAAAAAUAAUCACGAGUGACCUACUUGUUAUGUCUUCCGAAAGUUUGCAUAGCAAUGCUACCAUUAUUAUGAAAUCGUGCACUUACAAGCA